CUAGGGCUCCUUUGCCCCGCCCCGCUGCCCGCGCCGUUUUGGCGUCUACUUCCGGGUCCUCACCACCUUUAGCGAAACCAACGAGAAGAAACCGCCUGCAUGUAGAGCAGCCCGACCAGGAACGUAUCCGAGUGGCGCGCGAACGUGAGAGGAAAGCCGUGCGCGGCUGCGCUUUACCGCCCCUGAGCCGCUCUAGACGCGGGAAAAAUGCUUUCUGAAAGCAGUUCAUUUUUGAAGGGUGUAAUGCUUGGAAGCAUUUUCUGUGCCUUGAUCACUAUGCUAGGACACAUUAGGAUUGGUCAUGGAAAUAGAAUGCACCACCAUGAGCAUCAUCACCUACAAGCUCCUAAUAAAGAAGAUAUCUUGAAAAUUUCAGAGGAUGAACGCAUGGAGCUCAGUAAGAGCUUUCGAGUAUACUGUAUCAUCCUUGUCAAACCCAAAGAUGUGAGUCUCUGGGCUGCAGUGAAGGAGACUUGGACCAAACACUGUGACAAAGCAGAGUUCUUCAGUUCUGAAAAUGUUAAAGUGUUUGAGUCAAUUAACAUGGAAACAAAUGACAUGUGGUUAAUGAUGAGAAAAGCUUACAAAUACGCCUUUGAUAAAUAUAGAGACCAAUACAACUGGUUCUUCCUUGCACGCCCCACUACGUUUGCUAUUAUUGAAAACUUAAAGUACUUUUUGUUAAAAAAGGAUCCAUCACAACCUUUCUAUCUAGGCCACACUAUAAAAUCUGGAGACCUCGAGUAUGUGAGUAUGGAAGGAGGAAUUGUCUUAAGUGUAGAAUCAAUGAAAAGACUUAACAGCCUUCUCAGUAUUCCUGAAAAGUGUCCUGAACAGGGAGGGAUGAUUUGGAAGAUAUCUGAAGAUAAGCAGCUAGCAGUCUGCCUGAAAUACGCUGGAGUAUUUGCAGAAAAUGCAGAAGAUGCUGAAGGAAAAGAUGUAUUUAACACCAAGUCUGUUGGGCUUUUUAUUAAAGAGGCAAUGACUAAUCACCCCAACCAGGUAGUAGAAGGAUGUUGUUCAGAUAUGGCUGUUACUUUUAAUGGACUGACGCCUAAUCAGAUGCAUGUAAUGAUGUACGGGGUAUACCGUCUUAGGGCAUUUGGGCAUAUUUUCAAUGAUGCAUUGGUUUUCCUACCUCCAAAUGGUUCUGAUAAUGACUGAGAAGAAAUAAGAGCAUGUAUAUGAUCACCGUGUAGGACAUGUGGUGUUAUUUGUAGUAACAACUGCAUAUCCAACACAGCAGUAUGUUUCUUUUCUUUUUUUUUUCGUUUUCAGUUUGGUGGCACUGGUUUAUUCACACAUUGAAGUUUAGUAAUACAUUUUAAAAUAGGGUAGGGUUUUUUCCCUUAAAACACACAUGAGAAUUUCAACUGUGUUGGAAAGAAAUGUUUUAAUAAUAAUAAUUUUACAAAUAAAGAAUAUAUUUAUAAAUAAUAUAUUUAUGUGAUAAAUUCUAAAUUAUGAACAUUAAAAAUCUGUGUGGCACAUGUUUUUGCUGAUUGGUUAAAAAAUUUAACAUGUCUUUUUAGCUUUCUAAGAUACGCAAAUGAAAUCUCUAGUUGUGAAUUUGUGAUUAAAGUAAAACUUUUAGCUGUGUGUUUCUGUUACUUCUAACGUUGGUUUAUGUUCUAAGCCUUCGCAAGUGCCAUGGAUUUGCUUUCUCAAAAUGCACAACCAAGCAAUAAAGGGAAUGUUCCCAACCACUGUUAAAGUGAAAGUUGAAAUCUAUCCCUGAGAGAAAAAGUGAAAAUUAAUUAUAAAGGUUAAUAAUUUUCCUGGGAGCUAAUUUAGUGGCCUCUCUCAGCAUACACAAUUUCAGUGUAACCCUCUGUACUUCUCUAUGCAGAUAUUGAAGUUGGAGUGGUGACUGUAAAGAAUGUAAUGUCAUUUAACUGUAUUGUUUCCCAGUUAAUCAAGCUCUCAGCUGUGGCUUGGAUAAAAAUAUAUCAGUUGAGAUUUAUUUACUCCUGCAGAGCAAACGAGUUCUGUGGAAGUCUUCUUUGAAGAACUCCUUUCGGAAGUCUGGCAGUUUCACUUACUUGAAUUGAGUCUGUCCUGGCUUUUGUUUACCUGUUCAAAUUUUUAGAUUUUUCCCAUGUUCAUGAUUGCACCAUAUCCAACAGUUUUUGGUGUGGAGGUCUUAACCUCACCAUUCACCUUGGAUUACUCUGCCAUUUGCCUGAUUUCGGUGGCUACCCAAAAGCUUUAUGGAUGGUGGAUACAACAGCUUCUGUGUUUAUAAAUGUGUGAAACACUUGGAGCUGACUUGUCCUAAAAUCAGGCCUGCACAUGCCAUAUUAAGUCAGAUCCAUAAGCCCCCAUAGGGUGUGAAACCAUGACAUUUUAGAGGUUAAUUUUUCUUAUAACUGGCUUCAUGAUGUUAAUGGUCUCCUACAGCUUUUGCAAGCCAGAAAGAAUUUCCUCAAGAGGGCCUCGGGCUUCAAAUUAUUGAUCAUCAGAGUAGUGUGUAAAACCCUUUGUUUUAAUUUAUAGAUUUUCCUCACUGGGGCUCUUGAUUAAAAUGAAAGGUUAUUAAUUUUGAAAAAUAAUAAAACCCUUUUAUCAAGCACCAAAAUAUGUGGUCUCAGAUGUAAUUACUACAAACCAAAUCAUAUUCAGUGUGAGUGCAAUGAUAAACAGUAUCUCACUGAGUGUGACACCCAGUUUACAAGUGUCACAUUGCCCCCAACACCAGUAUCUUAAAACUUUUUCUACUAUAUUUAUCGCCUUCAAUUACAUUAGUGUAUCAAGGUAUAGUUGUAAUAAAUAUAUCAGAAAAUGCAUUCCAUUGUUUGAUUUCCUAGUGGGUACUAAAGUAACAAUUG